GUGGCUUGCAGCCCAGGGGCGGGACCGUGGCGCAUCUUUGUCGCGAUUGGAUGAAGGCCGGGAGCAAGGAGGGGGCCGCGGCGCGCCUAGGACCGCUGCUUUGCAAUUUCUCAUGAUAUACUGCAGUGGCCGCGGCUGUGGAAGCCGGCUGGACUGCAGCGCACGUGCCUGCAUCUGAGGCUCUGGCUUGCCGCGGAGUUCCUUGCCGCGGGUCUAGUCAGUCCUGCCCCCAAGGUUCUCUCCAUCCUCUGUCCCCUAGCUCUCGUCCAGCUCCCGACCUCAGCGUCUGCAAAACGAAAUGGUCACAACCGUGAAUACCUCAGAUGAAAUAGAGCAGAUGUUCCAGCCCUACAACUUCGAGCUGUUCCGGAACAUGAGGCCCUUUUUGGAGGAGUACUGGACAACCUCAUUCGCCAUAGCUCUGAUCUACCUGCUGCUCAUCUUCGUGGGGCAAAACUACAUGAAGGCACGGAAGGGCUUCAAUCUGCAGGGACCUCUCAUCCUUUGGUCCUUUUGCCUUGCAGUCUUCAGUAUCUUCGGGACACUGAGGGUGUGGGGCUACAUGGGGGCCGUGCUACUUAGGGGGAGCCCAAAGCAAACUGUAUGCUUCACCACCUUCAUCGACAGUCCCAUAAUCCAAUUCUGGUCCUUCCUGUUUGUUCUCAGCAAGGUCGUUGAACUUGGAGACACGGCCUUCAUCAUCCUGCGUAAGCGGCCACUCAUCUUUGUGCACUGGUACCACCACAGCACAGUGCUGGUGUACUCGAGCUUCGGAUACAAGAACAAGGUGGCUGCAGGUGGCUGGUUCAUGACCAUGAACUUUGGUGUACAUGCCGUCAUGUACACCUACUACACUCUGAAGGCUGCCAAAGUGAAGUCCCCCAGCUGGUUUCCCAUGCUCGUCACCAGCCUGCAGAUCCUGCAGAUGUUUAUAGGAGCCACUGUCUGUAUCCUGGCUUACAUCUGGAGACAGGAAAAGGGAUGCCACACCACAGAGGAACACCUCUUCUGGUCCUUCAUCUUGUAUGCAACCUAUUUCGUUCUUUUUGCCAAGUUCUUCCACCAAAACUACAUAAUUCCCAGGAUCAAAGCCAAGACCAAGAGCCAGUAAACAGUUGGAGAAAGAGAAGAAG